UAGAGCAGACACCCUUGUCGCUCCAGAGCGAUAUACGUGAUCAAAAAUUAAUAUUGGGUCCAGUUUGCCUCUUUUUUUUUUCUCUCCCCGAAGUUGUCCUUGACUAGCCAAAAAAUGGGAGCCGCGUUCUUCCCAGUACUCUUCUUCACAGCUCUUUGGGGCGUGGUGGGCGUAGUACUGCCGUUCCUCGUGCCUGCUGGCCCAAACAAGGGGAUUUUGCAAGUUAUUUUGAUGCUCACAGCCUUUACUUGCUGGUUAUUCUGGCUAUGCUGCUAUAUGGCACAAAUGAACCCUCUGAUAGGACCUGUUUUGAAAAAUGAGACAAUACUGUUGAUCGGCAGAGAGUGGCAAAGCAAUCCGUUUGCGUAAAUUGCGUCACCUGCUGUCUUGUACAUAAGUUAACCAAUGAUGUAUUAUUAUUAAAUCAUCAGGAUAUAAUUUACGAAAUGUAAGAAUUUUAUUUUGCUCAGAUGAUGUAAGCAGUAAUAGAUCACCGUUUCAUCGUAGGAGUGGAUGUUGAACCAUAAAUCGUUGAUCUUCAACCAGUCAUAUCAAAGCUUCUGAAACGUUAUUAUCGUUAAGGAAUAAAUGUGAAGUGUUGUAGGAUAUUUAUUUAAAAACUGAUUUUUAUUUGGAUACUGAUUGUUUUUGAUAUUGUUUUGCAAACAUUGUUGCAUAAGAUACUUGAGUUGAAAUUUGUUAAACUUAUCAGCUCUACAAGCGUCAAACAAAUGAAUAGAUGAAAAAAAAAAAAAAAUUGCUAACUGUUCCUUUUAUUUGUCACACACAACACACAAUGUA